CUUACCUGCACUCGGGCGUGGCUUGUUCGCACGUUUGCUUGACUGUUCUUCUGCCUGCUUAAUCACGCUUCGCAUUAAAUUUAAGUAUAGUUCCAAUAGUUUUCACUUAUUGCAAAGUUUUAAUUUCAUUUUUCUCGCGUGUUUAACUUUUUUUUUUGCAGCUGUAUGGCAGUUUGAGAUUGAUUUCGUUUUUGUUCACACAUUCGAACAUCAUCUAAAGAUAGUUUCAAUCAUUUCCAUUGAUAUUUCUUGAUCAAAUAAUUAAUUUUCUUUCAUUUAAACUUCACAAUGGAAAAUUUAAAAUCACUAAAGAAAACUCGAGCCAGUUUUAAAGCAAAGCUGACAGUUUUUAACGAUUAUUUAAAUGCUUUAUUGCCUAGCAGUGAGCUUAAUAGCAUACAAAUGCACGAGCUUACCAUGCGACAUGCAAAAAUGUCAGAAAUGUAUAACGAUUUCGAUUCCAUACAAAACGAUAUAGAGAGUAUGACGGAAAUUCCAGAUGACGAAUACGCAGAGCGGACUUCCUUCGAGAACCGGUACUUCGGCGUCAUGGCUGCUGCGCAGGACCUGCUCAGCAGGCAUGCAGCGCCCGCCGGCCCUGCCUCUGCGGUGCACGACAGCGGAUCGGUGACGGGAUCAGGUGAUGCUGUAUUCUCAAAGCUCCAGUCCCGCAGCAAGUGGCGCACUCAGGGUGCGCAUCCACAGCUGGGCGAGAUGGUCGUCGUCAAGGAUGACCGCCUCCCACCAAACCGAUGGCUGCUCGGACGAGUCACAGCCGUCCACCCGGGCAGCGACGGCGUCAACCGCGUCGCUGACGUCCUCACCACUACGGGGACCCUGCGCAGGGCCUACAAUCGCCUCUGCCCACUUCCAUCGACGUUGGAUCAGGCAGCUCCUGACCCAAGGGGGCAGCCUGUUAACGCACCUUCCAUGUGUGCGUGAGCGCCGCCGCGCACACAUCGACACGACACCCGCGGGCCCGCGGCCGGCGACAGCCCGCCCCGCCAUCACUCACCGAUCGUACUCGACGCCGACACCACGAUAGCUCGCGCGUCCAUAGCAAUGUAUUUUUUACAAAUCAAUAAAUAGCUGUUCAAAAUCCAAGU